AUGGAUUUUAUGGGCUUCCUAAACUUGGGAGGGUUUUACUGGGAUCUCACCAUGCUCCUCCUGAUGGUGGGAAAUCUCAUCGUCAUCCCCGUGGGCAUCACCUUCUUCAAGGACGAGCACACGCCGCCGUGGAUCGUCUUCAACGUGGUUUCCGACACCUUCUUCCUCUUGGACCUGGUGCUGAACUUCCGCACGGGGAUCGUAAAGGAGGACAACGCGGAGAUCAUUCUGGACCCUCAGCGGAUCAAGAUCAAAUAUCUGCGCUCGUGGUUCGUGGUGGACUUCAUCUCCUCCAUCCCCGUGGACUAUAUCUUCCUCAUUGUGGAGACGCGCAUCGAUUCGGAUUUCUACAAGACGGCGCGAGCUCUGCGCAUCGUACGCUUCGCGAAGAUCCUCAGUCUGCUGCGACUUCUGCGACUCUCGCGGCUCAUACGCUACAUUCAUCAGUGGGAGGAGAUUUUCCACAUGACCUAUGACCUGGCCAGCGCAAUGGUGCGGAUCGUUAACUUGAUUGGGAUGAUGCUGUUGCUCUGUCACUGGGACGGCUGUCUGCAGUUCCUGGUGCCCAUGCUGCAGGACUUCCCCUCAGACUGCUGGGUGUCCAAGAACAAGAUGGUGAACGACACGUGGGGUCAGCAGUAUUCUUACGCUCUCUUCAAGGCCAUGAGUCACAUGCUGUGUAUUGGAUAUGGCAUGUAUCCUCCAGUCGGCAUGACGGACGUGUGGCUGACCAUCCUCAGCAUGAUCGUGGGUGCCACCUGCUACGCCAUGUUUGUGGGCCACGCCACGGCGCUGAUCCAGUCGCUGGACUCCUCGCGCAGGCAAUAUCAGGAAAAGGUGAGUGUCGUCCAGUUAGUUAGUUAA